AUGAAGCCAUCACCGCCACCUCCAUCACUUCUCAUUCUUCUCUUCCUUUUGCCAACCAUUACGAUAUCGGUUUCUCCACCUCUUCCUCCCACCCCUUCACCCACAUCUUCACCAAUAUCUCCAUCUUCUUCUUCACCUUCCACUCUUGACCCAAAUCAGCUCAAAGCCCUACAGUCCCUCCACAUCCCAACCACCAAGGACCCAUGUUCCCACAAUGCCACACUCUGUGACUCCUCAAAGCCCUUUCGCCACCUCAUCUCUCUGACACUCUCCAACUGUUCAAGCUACGUUUCUCUCUCCUUCUCUGCCCUCAAAUCUCUCUCCACCAUCCAUUCCCUGCAGCUUCUGAACUGCCCCAUUGCUCCAAUUCGCUUCCCUCAUGAACUCACAUCCUCUCUCCGCUCCUUCACUUGCAUCAAAAGCUUCCGCAAGAUCUCUGGACUCUGGCUCUCUCGCCUUGCAAACCUCACUGAUCUCACUGUCUCUAAUGUUCAAGUUAAAGCUUCUGGUCUCUAUGUUGUGCUUGGUCACAUGAGCAAGCUCAAAACUUUGACCAUUUCACAUGCCAACCUAACAGGUUCUCUUCCAAAUCACAUCCAUUCCAACCUUACCCACAUAGAUUUUUCUGGUAACCAGCUCAAAGGAAGCAUACCCCCUUCCAUUACCAUGCUUGAUGGCCUUGAAAUUUUGAAUCUUUCUUCUAAUGGACUCAAAGGUGAGAUACCCUCUUCCAUUGGGGACUUGAUUUCCCUGAAAAAUCUCUCCUUGGCUUCAAAUUCGUUUUCGGGGUCUAUUCCAGAUUCGAUAUCUGCCAUACCAGGUUUGGUUCACAUGGAUCUGAGUUCAAACCAGUUCAAUGGGACCAUUCCAAAGUUCAUUUCAGAAAUGAGGAACCUUAGGUACUUGAAUCUGGCUAAUAACAAUCUUCGUGGGGUUGUGCCUUUCAACUUGACUUUUAUCAAGAGAUUUGCAAUGUUGAAGGUGAGUGGGAACAGCAACUUGUGCUAUAACCAUUCGGUUCUGUCUUCAAAAUUGAAGCUUGAGAUUUCUCCUUGUGAUAAAUAUGGAAUGCCAAUGUCUCCUCCGCCUGCAAAGGAUUCUUCUGCAGAUGAUAGCAGUAAUUCAGAUUAUAAUGACAGUGGUGAUGAUGGUAGUAGCAGCCACAAGAAAGAGCAUCAUCAUGGGCCAAAUAAGGUGGUUCUAGGUGUGGCAAUAGCUCUUUCUUCCAUUGUCUUUCUCAUUGUUUUCCUAAUCCUAUGCUCAAAGUGCUGUCGCUGA